AUGUGGAACGACGAGGAUAACAACCCCUACGGCGCAUUCGACGAGCAGGCCCAUCUGUCAGAAUCCCUCCAUUCCGCCACGCUUGCCUCCCCUCUUUACGACCGCGACUACACCCCUCCGUCGCCUUCCAGCCGAUCGUCCACCCAGGACCCGCCGGAUUACUUGGAGCGACAACGCGAUUUCAGCGACGACGAUGACAACGACGGAACUUACGGGACCCAGCAACCGGGACAGGGUUACCUCCGCAAGAGCGUGUACGAUAGCCGCAUAGAGCAGAUUUUGUAUGAGAAUCCGGAGAUGCCGAUCCUCAUCACGGACGCCGGGAAGAACAACGAGAGCGGCGGGGGCUACAUAGUGUACACCAUACGGACUGGAGAUUUGGAAGUGCGUCGGAGGUACUCGGAAUUCGCUUCGCUGCGCCAGACCCUGGUGAACCUCCAUCCCACCCUCGUUGUCCCGCCCAUUCCCGAGAAACACACCAUGGCCGAUUAUGCUGCGAAGCCCACCAAAGCCAAAGAAGAUACGGCCAUCAUAGAGCUCCGGAAGCGAAUGCUGGCCGUCUUCUUGAACCGGUGUCGUACGAUGAAGGAAAUCCGAGAGGACGGGGUGUGGUGGAGGUUUUUGGAUCCCAAUGUUAGCUGGAAUGAGGUCCUUAAUUCCCACCCUGCUUCCUCCGUGCCUAAGAACAAUCUCAAAGCUCCGCCACUCGAUCCUGCCAACCCUACAGCCGCACACGCCUGGCUACCUGUCCCUUCCGCCUCCUCGAAACUCAAGAAUGCGUCCGGUGCGGCGCCGACGGCCACCUCCCCAACCACAGAGGCACCCGGUCCCGACGUUCUGGGUCGCUUCCCGCCCGAAUCGCGCAAGUUGAGCGAGAAGGAUCUUGACCCCUAUUUUGUCAACUUUGAAGCCUCCACCCGGGAGCUGGAGUUACUUCUUCAAGGAAACAUUGAGAAGGUGAACCGACGGACUUUGGCGCAUCUCUCUUCCUUAUCUGCGGAUCUGAUGGAGCUGGGAGCCCGGUACAAUGGAUUUUCGUUGUCUGAACAAUCACCCACCGUCGCCGCAGCCAUUGAGCGCGUUGGCCAGGCGGCGGACACGUCCUACAUUGAGACAGAGGAGCUGUCCAGCUCGUUGGGCGCAAACUUUGCGGAACCCAUGAGGGAAAGUGCCCAGUUUGCCAGCGUCGUCCGCAGCGUCUUGCGAUACCGAGUUCUGAAGCGGGUACAGGAGGAGAUGACCCGAGACGAGUUGGUGAAAAAGAGAACCCUUCUUGACUCUCUGGAGAGAAGUGAGAUGGAAGCAAAGCGCAUCGAGCAAUAUCUUAACCGUUCAACCCCCCACGGCGCAGGGACCAAGCCUCAGCGAUCCCUGUCGACCUCGUCGGCCACCAGCGCCCCCGGUACCCAUGAUGGUGAAGCCCAGCCUAGUGGACCGGAGGAUACUGCCGCCAUCGAUUCGGACUUCCCCCCAACGCACGGCGAGUCAAUCGGCUCUCACCAGCCCCCUGCCCCGGUGUCCCCCUCGCGGAAACCCGAAGCUGGACAGUCCACUCCGGCCCACCGCAAAACUUCCAGCGGAACCUUCAUGAGCAACAAGCUCUUUGGUCGCAUCAGUCACGCCGUCCAUGGCUUUGUCGACGUGGACCCGGAGCGGACCCGACGCGAUCAAAUCGGAAAGACCAGGGAGAGCCUAAUUCAGUUGGAAGAAGCAUUGAAGGUGUCCGAGAAUGACGUCAAAGACGCAAGCACGGGGGUCUUGCAUGACUUAAAGCGUUUUCAGAAGGACAAGGAGACAGAUCUACGACGAUAUAUGGUUGCCUACGCGCGCUGUCACCUUGACUGGGCGAGGAAAAAUCUCGAAACAUGGACGGAGGCCAAAGACGAGGUUGACAAGAUUGUCGUUCGGUAA